CCGGGGCGGCGGAAGGGGAGGAGGAGCGGGCCGGGGCCGCCGGUGCCGCCGCCAUGGCGCUGCUGCCCGCGCGCCGCGCGCUCCUCGCCGCCGCCCUGGGCCCCGCCGGCCGCCGCCGGCUCCCCCGGCACCACGGUAACCGCUGCCUCUCCCGGCCCCCAGGAGCGGGGGGCGAGCCGGAGGCCGAGGGGCCCGGCCGGGCCUCCGCCAUGCUGCGGCACCUGCUCCUCAAGCUGCGGGCCACCGGGCCGGUGACGGUGGCCGAGUACAUGCGGGAGGCGCUCACCAACCCCGGCGAGGGUUACUACACGCGCCGCGGCGGCAUCGGCGAGAGCGGGGAUUUUGUCACCUCCCCUGAAAUCAGUCAGGUGUUCGGAGAGUUAAUAGGAAUAUGGUACAUCAGUGAAUGGAUAGCCGCGGGCAAACCCAAAGCGUUCCAGCUGGUGGAAAUGGGCCCAGGGAGGGGCACACUUACUGAUGAUAUAUUACGGGUCUUCAAGCAGCUUGCCUCCUUACUUAGUAAAUGUGAUGUCUCUAUUCAUCUGGUAGAAGUGAGUCCCAAACUCAGUGAGAUCCAAGCACAGAUGCUGACAGGAGGGAAGGUGCAGUCAAACCCUGAGGACAAGUCUGUUUACAUGAAAGGCAUUAGCAAGACGGGAAUUCCCAUUUUCUGGUACAGAGAUAUUCAAGAUGUGCCGCUAGGUUACAGCUUUUACUUGGCACAUGAGUUUUUUGAUGCCCUACCAAUACAUAAAUUUCAGAGAACAGACAAAGGCUGGCGUGAAGUGUUGGUUGAUAUAGAUCCAGAAGUUCCUGAUCAGCUGCGGUUUGUCCUGUCGCCAUCCAGUACCCCCGCAACACAAAACUUUAUUCAGCCUGAAGAAACAAGAGAUCACGUGGAAGUGUGUCCCGAGGCCGGUGUCAUCAUUCAGAAUCUUGCCUGCCGUAUAGAAAAGGGUGGUGGGGCUGCACUGGUUGCCGAUUAUGGUCAUGAUGGAACAAAAACUGACACUUUCCGGGGUUUCCGAAAUCAUAAACUUCAUGAUGUGCUGAGCGCUCCAGGUACGGCAGACCUGACAGCAGAUGUUGAUUUCAGCUAUCUUCGAAAGAUGACACAGGGAAGAACAGCUACAUUAGGCCCCAUAAAACAGCGGGAGUUUUUAAAAAACAUGGGCAUUGACCUCCGAUUGCAGGUGCUCUUGCAGAAUUCACGUGACACAGCAACUCGUGAGCAGUUACUUCACAGCUAUGAUAUGCUGAUGAACCCCAAGAAGAUGGGGGACUGUUUCAGCUUUUUUGCCCUGCUGCCUCACCACAGACUUGCACGUCCUGACAAGAAACAUAAGCCAGAAUCAGAGUCUCCCUUACCGCCUGUUGCUGGAUUCAGUGAACUCUUACUGAAGUAAUUUCAAAUACUACAGCAAAAUGAUAGUAGUAGCUUUCAACAGCAACUUAUUAAAUUAAAAAAAAAAAAAUAAAA